AUGAAGUUCCUCUCCGCCCUCAUCGCCCUCACCCUCGCCGCCUCAGCCAUCGCACAAGACGUCUCCGGCUCCACCGGCGCCAGCUGCAGCGGUACCUCCUUUACCGUCUCUAAAAUCGACGCGGCCGGCGAGCUGGCCCUCGACCACCUCAACGCCGGCACACAAGUCGGCAGCAACAACUACCCGCACCAGUUCAACAACCGCGAAGGCUUCAAGUUCAACGCGGGGUGCAACGCGCCGUUCUACGAGUUCCCCGUGCUCAAGAAUGGGCUGUAUAGUGGCGGGAGCCCGGGUGCUGAUAGGGUCGUCAUUGGGUCGUGGGAUGGGACGAAUGCGGUGUUUUGUGGUGAGUUGAUCAUUGGGAUGAUUUGA